AUGCUUAAGCUAACCUUCUCGUUAAGAUACAAAGGAUUACUUCUCUUUAUUGGAUGUUGCUUAGGCCAGAUUAUUGGCACGGAGAGAAGCCUUGCUGUUUCAUCAAGCCAGUCAGAUUGAAAGACUUGUGUCAAUAAUGGCUCUCAGAGGUGGUGAGCUCCUGUUGGAAUUACUCAAGCUGAUGGAGAGUGCUGAAACUCGGGCGAUACCUCAGGCUAUUGUGCAAGCAGUGAUAGCUAUGCUUGUUCUGGGUCCACCAACAUCCAGGGUACUGCAGGGCUGAUACUUUGCCCAGAGGUUAAUGCAAAGUGUGGAGACACCCACUCCUUACUUCAGAAUACUUAUCGGUAUUGGUCAAUAGUGGUAAGAUAUCUGCCUUCUGAUGCAGUAUGAGCUGAAAGGUUUUAUACGACUACAAGCUCUAUUGACCAGGUUAAGAUCACAAUGAGUAAGCGCUAAGUCAAUUCUUCUCAGGUUUCAUUAUAUUAGCAGUUUAGCUUGAUCUAUUCCUAGUGUUUUUAAUCUUUUCUUCUGUGUUCUGCUCUUUGCUUCGUAAAUUACAAACUGCUCACCUUCCCUCUAACCCAUCCAAAAGUUCUUGCUACCUCUAA